GAUGAAGUCGUCGAUGUUGACGACAGCACGGUCGAUUCAGCUGAUGUGGUCAUGGCGGAGUUGGAUGGAGUACGAUCGGCUGACCCAAAUGAGAUAUCUAUGCUAGUAGACAUGUUUUAUCUACCAUUUGAAUGCGGCAAGCGUGCUAUGAACCUCUUGGAGCAGUUUUCAUGGCUCUACGCCAAUGCUAUAGUUAUGCGAGGGACCAGUGCACCUGAAGAUACCCAACCUGUCACUCAAGAUGAGUGGCGCAGACGGUUGAAGGUGUUCCAGGAUAGCGUUCAAGUUGUAAAUAAUUUCUUCAAAUAUAUUGUGGAUUGUCCCAAUAAGGCAAGUAUAGCACGAUGGAUGAAUGAAGGAUAUUUGACUGCUCGACCAGGUUCGUUCUUUCCUGAUCUCAGGUGA